UAACUAUGCAGAUGUGACACAUUUCAGAUGUGUUUGAGAUUCCAGUGGUUCCUGGCGCUGACUGACUACAGCACCGGCCUCCAGUGAGGCACUGACAGCUAGAACAGCCCAACUCACGCUGGACUAUAAUCACCUUCCUCGUCUGAGCUGCUGAGGCGCGAUAGGCUGGAGGACGCGUGGCCACGGCGUUCAGCGGGCACCGCGUGGAAAAAACGCUCGGCGAGGCUCGAUUUAAGGAAUUUAAACGCUGGCCCUUCUUUUUUUUUACGCCAGCAGCGGAUCGGCGCUACGUCGGUGGAGCAGCGCGCGCCGGCGUCGCAGCGAGUUUAUUAGACACAAUCUCCCGAUAUUAAUCAGCGGAUGAUAGGAAACAACCACGCGAGAGUUCGCAAGUUGCCUCAAGACUGUAGUUGCAACUGUCAAAGGUGGAGUGGAUUCGCGCAUGACCCAACACACGUUACUGUAAUACUGUACACGGCCGCCGAGAUAAUAUCCGUAUAAAAAAGCGAAAUAAUCCCGCGGUAAGGAAGCGAGAAGUGGACCCGAACCGAGCGACAUUCGCCGUUUCUGCCGCGUUUCGUCUCCUUUUACUCUCAACUACUGUCUCGCAGCCGUCGAAAUUACUGCACUGAACGUAUUUUUGUGCCUCCCUUCAGCUCCAGCCAGCGCAAGGAUUUUUUUUACUCCUCCUUCGUAAUAAAGUCGCCAUUUUGCUUCACUGCCUAUAUAAACCAUCCCGUAUUCUAAUAUUUUCCCUCAAGGAGUCGGGGACCUGUGUGUCUUUGGCGGAGAUUUCUGACAUUUCUGGAGCGUUGAACGUGACGGGAGGGCGAAGAAGCGCCUCGUGGUGCACAUAUUAAUGCGGGAAAGGCGGAGGGGGGCACGGACACUGGGAGCUGGGAAUAAGGAAUAAGUAUCCAGGAUUUUUUUCCAUGCACAGGCGAGGCUGUCAUUUCUCCCCCACUGCCUCGCGCUUUCUUCUCCCCCUCCGCCUCGUCGCCUUCUGCAGAGCGGGGGGGACGGGACGACGCUGACCACCGUCCGCUCCCCUUCGGGCCCCCGACCCCGGCGCGAGCGCUCCGUGACGCGGCAGGUGUGACUGCCAUGUAACAAACACCGGUGGAAGAACGCCCACUCAGGUGCCCGCGUCUCGUGACCCCGCUCCCCCUCACGUGGGUGACCCGGGCCCCCCGGCCCCCGGUGCUGGGUGACCGUCCAGUCCAGGCAUGGAGAGCCCGAGCGGCCCCAGGCUCGGAAAGCUGCCUUCCUCGGGUCUGCCAAGGAGCCGUAACCCCAAACACGGACACCCCCAGGAGCCCGUCAGGACCACGCCGGGCCCCGAAAACAACAGCAGCAACAACAAACACAGCCGCGUGUGUGAUGAGCCAGCGGAGGGGAGGAGGAAAGGUCGUCCUAAAGCAGACGUGCAGGAGCUGAGAAGCAUCCCAGCCCAUAUGAUAGUACAAUGGAAGGAAGAGUUUAAGCGCCGCUCCAGGGUUAAGUGUCCGUGUUCAGGGUGCUGGUUAGAGUUUCCCAGCAUCUAUGGCGUCAAGUACCACUAUCAACGCUGCCAGGGGGCCACCAUAGCUGAGAAGCUGAGUCAUGGCUGUCCCUACUGUGAGGCAGUGUUUGCCACAAAGGUGCGCCUGCAGAAGCACAAGCUGUGGAACCACCCGGACAGAGCGGGUGCGGAGCCCAAGGACGAGCAGGCUCGACUUCAGAAGACUCCCGUCAAGUCCAACCCCAAGAAAAGGCCCAUGGAGAACAGUCCCCCGUCUCCGGUGUUUUUCAAAGUGAAAAAGACCCACGACGUGUCCGCGCCCGCUCUGAACGGGGAGCUGACCCACCACAAGAGUGAGCGGAAACAGCACGGCAGCAGCCAGACGUCCCAGCAGCCCCACCAGCACCAGCCGCUCCAGUCCCAGCACUCCCAGUCCCGCAGCACGUCGUCGGACGCAGGGGGCAGCGAGAGCGAGGGCGGCAGCCUUCCGCCUCCGUUCCCUGACGAGGACCCGGAGCGAACGAGGCACAAGCCAGGACGGAAGCAAAAAACUCCUAAGAAGUUCACUGGCGAGCAGCCUUCCAUAUCCGGAACGUUUGGACUGAAAGGUAUGACUAAAGUGGAGGAGAAGCUGAAAGCAGGCCGCGUGAAGAGACCGGAGGCGAGCGUACACAGCGAGGAGCACCAGAGGAGGCCCAACACAAGCCACUCCUCCAAGAAGGACCCAGCCGCAGCUCAGUCAGGUGUCGUUCCGGACUCCCAGUGGCAGCGAGCGAUCUCGGAGCGUGGUGAAGUGGUGUGUCCCACCUGCUCCAUCGUCACCAGGAAAACGAUCCACGGCCUCAAGAAACACAUGGAGAUCUGCCGGAAGCUCCAGGACGCGCUGAAGUGCCAGCAGUGCCACAAACAGUUCAGGUCUAAGGCCGGCCUCAACUACCACACCAUGGCUGAGCACAGCACCAAGCCCUCGGGGAGCGAAGGCCAGACGGGCGAUGAGCACGAAGAGAGAGAAAGGCUGCGGCGAGUCCUGAAGCAGAUGGGCCGAAUCAAGUGUCCUAGCGAGGGCUGCUCAGCCCACUUCUCCAGUCUGAUGGGCUACCAGUACCACCAGAAGCGUUGUGGAGGAGAGUUCUCUGACGACGAGAAGCCCGUGUUUCUAUGCCAGCAUUGUGGGAAAAGCUACCGCUCCAAGGCUGGCAGAGAUUACCACGUGCGAACGGAACACUCGCCGGGUAUCACCUCCACCGCGACGGCCACGGCAGCCGCCAACAACAAGGACAACGUUCCUGACACUAAUAACAACACCGGCAAAGACAGGGUGGUCUUUGAGGAGUCGCCAUCAGGAGCCAAGAGGGAAAAAAGCCAUUUUGAGAAAAAUGACUGGGAGGAGAAUGCGUUGUCCAACCAGCCGAAGGAUAAGGAAAGGGAAACACGGGAAAAACAGAGAGAAAAACAAAAGGAGAGGGAUCGGGACAAAAUCAAAACAGCCCAGAUUAAAAACCCGGAGGAAGAUUUCGAAAGGACCCCCAGUGGCAGAGUGAGGCGCCGGUCGGCUCAGGUGGCCGUGUUCCACCUGCAGGAAAUAGCAGAGGACGAACUGGCUAAAGACUGGGGCACCAAGCGCCGCAUCAAGGACGACCUGGUGCCCGACAGCAAGAGGUUAAAUUAUACCCGUCCGGGCCUCCCCAACUUCAGCCCGGAGCUUCUGGAGGCUUGGAAGAACCAGGUGAAGGAGAAGGGCUUCAUCUGCUGCACCAAUGAAAGCUGUGAAGCCGUCUACUCCAGUGUAUCAGGACUAAAGGCCCAUCUCGCCAACUGCAGCCAGGGUGGUAGAGAAAUGGGGAAGUACACCUGUCUGAUCUGUCAGAAAGAGUUCAGCUCUGAGAGCGGGGUGAAGUACCACAUCAGCAAGACACACUCACAGAACUGGUUCCGGGCGGCGGCCAGUCAAGUGGUCUGUCCGAGCAAGAGUAACGUACCGGAGAACAACGGGAUCAAAGCCGAGGUGAGAAACGGUGCCACGGCCGGUAAGAAGAGGGGCCGCAAGCCCAAAGAGCGCCCGCCAGCGCCCGCCCUCCUUCACACGCACCCUGCAGCACUUGGCACUUGUCAAAACUCAAGCCUUUCCAUGAUUCCUUCCUUGGGCCCAACACAGCCCGCCACCCUGAUCCCUGACCCAACAGACAACGCCAAGUCAGGCCAAGUCAGACAGCACGUCCCCUCCUCUGCCAGACGAAGCAAACCCAAGAGGUUUUCAUUGUCAGAGUAGCUCUGCUUUUGUGGACCCAGGAACCAGAGAGGAUGAGACGCUGAUGCGAGGAAGCUAAAAGACACCUCGACUGCAAGAAGAGAAGAAGUCAACCAUUUAGUACAGACUUUAACUCUUUGUGUGGAACCCCCAUGGUUGACAGUAGUGUUUUAUUUCUCCAUUCCACUUGUCUCUUUGAAGGCACACAGCAAGAACGUCCUUAGCAAUCAAAGCUAAAACUCAGACUGAUACAGUGACAGCGUUGUGUAAACAGUAGCUUUUCUUAUAGUCUGUAAUAUGGUAGUUCUGCAAACUAAUAAAGAGUCAUUCAAGUUGUGUUUGAGAGGUUUUAAAAAGGAUAUUCUAUUAGCAUGGUUGAUACAAUAGCUAGUGUUUUCACAUUUUUUCACAGAUAAACUGUACUAUGUACAUAAACAUUAUCUAUAUAAAACAUAUACAUAAAUAUAUCUAUAUAUAUUUACAGUAAUGCCAUCUGUCAUUUCCAAGCCUGACUCCUCCCAUUGGAUCAUGAGCAAUCAGAAUAUUUGCAGUGUGUGUAGUGCAAUGUUGUUUUGACCUAGAUUUUUUUUGUACUUGUUCAUAGUUAAACCUUUUUUGUUUACUUUUAUGUUUCAACUAAACAAUGGUCAUAAACUGUCAAAUAAUGGUCUUUCAUGAUGAUCAUGUUCCACUCUGCUGUUUUGACAGUUAGGUGGAUGUCACUUCAAUGAUGUUUUUUUUCUUUCUGUAUCACGUGAAGAUGGAAGGUAUCUGCUUUGACAGCCAUGCUUGGGUAUCAGAAGAUUCUUUUAUACUGAAGUCAAUAAGCAGAAUACCCUAAAACGAUUGAGAUUAUCAUCUGUAAGGUGUAAGUUAGUAACAUUGAUUCUGAAUAUGGCAUUGUGUUGUUUGAAUAUGAAAACUUGAAGUACUCUGUCUAAAAUAAGACUGGCAAAGCUAACUGUUGGACAGAAGGAUGAAUAGUGUGUGAAGCUUGUUGCACCAUUGCAGCACAAUCAAAUGAUGUGACACCAUUUCAAAGGAGGCCAUGUUGUGGCUACUGCUUUAGCUUGAAUCAAAGAGCUGAGGAAAGAAUUAAAUACUAUCUUUUAUAGAGAGGAUGAGGAAAACAAAACUUUUAUGAAACAUAAAAAUGCAAAUGAAGAGUCAAAUAUAAUAAUGUUUAUAAAUUAAUUCCUGGAUGUUCAAAGUAAUUGCCUUGCACUUUAACCCUGAACCCUUGAUGUGCCCCUCUUGUAUUUUUGCACUCCAGGAGUAUUCAACCUAACUGAGUGGCUGUCAGGCACAAAAACAGAAAUGUUUUAUGGUGGAGAAGAAUUUGCUUAAGGAUGAACUGAAUUUGUCUUUACAUGGAGCAGCAUCGUGAACUCUGUCUGCACUUCAACACGGCCAUAGAAUUAUGACUCGCCACACAAAGCCAUAGCUGGUCUGUUGAACGUCUGCUCUGCCACUUAUUGCUAGUUUAUCUUCAGAUUUUAAAAGGAUACAUUAUCUAAUUACUUUUCAAAUCUAAAAUGUGUGCAAUCAGAGAAUAUUUUCACUUCAGCAAACUUAAAGUAAAUACUUGAAUCUACAGCUAUGUUCGCUAUUUGAGCAGAUGAGAAACCCAUAAAUGCUUGAUUUAUAUUUGCAGUCUAUGUCCAUAAAAAUAAUGACUUGCUUACUUAAAAAAGGAAAUAUCACAAAUCUAUUUUAUAUUCGCUUGUGUGUGUUACCUAGAUAGCAACCUGAUAGCUUUGGAUAUAGUUGUGAGGUUAAUCUGGAGAGUUAAUAAAGGGUGCUUCUCUUGCCACUCUACCUUAAGGACUUGAUACAACUCAGAUAAGUCCAUCAGUCCAUCCUGCCAUGUUCUCCCUAAUGGCAAGUCUUCUAAAUUUUGCACCAACACAUGUCAAUAUUCAUCAUUUGAAAAACGCACUGAUGUCAGCAGAACAUUUUCAACAAACAUUCAAUUUGAAAUGUGUCUUUGUAUCCCAGGUGGAGUCAUCCCCAAACUUUUAUAUUGUAAAUUGAACAUUUGAGCUGAAUUUCCUCCAUAAUUAAUCAACUGAUGGAGCUUAUUCAGGUGGGGAUGACUAUGCAUGUGUCUGUCUCUGGACCUUUAUCUUCUAUCCAGGUUUCACUGGUGAAGAGGAUAAGUAAGACAAGCACUGAUUGGUCCUUGGACCAUUUCAAUAGAAUUUGUCAAGAUCUUAUGUAUGUGUGUGUGGGUGGGUGUUUGUGUGUGUGCGUGUGUAUUAAACAGCACCUUUGUAACGAGUGGAUGUCAGACUUGGUAACACUUCUUGUCGAGUGUUAUGCUGUGGCACAGAACCAGUUGAUCAAUUGCUUGUUUCUCAUUUCAUUAAUAACAUAAUUUUGACUGUGUUUACCUGACAAGCUUUGGUGUCGCAAUAUGAUAGUUUAGCACUGCUUUUAACAGUGGGUAUUUUAUAUUUUAUCACACCCUUUACUAUCCGUCUUCCUAUGAUGUGGAAACACAUAUCUAUCCCGCAGUGUGAGCUAACUGCAACAUGUUUAGAGAGUACAGCAAUACACCAUAUUUAGCUGGUUUUGUUGGCUUGCUGAUAUUUUAAUAUUGAUGUGUCUUCUCAAAUUGUAUGGCUUUUUCACUCCCCCUAUUUUAUUUGUUUGCUUUAAAAAUGCUUUUUACAUAUUAUGAAAUGAAAAAAAAGGUUGAAAAAAUUUGUACACCACAAAGAACAUUGUAGGCCUGUGUGUCGGCAUACACUGUUAUUUUAUCCAUUUUGAUGAGUCACUUAAAUUGAGCUUUUUCCGUACACAAUGACAAACACAGUGAGAGCGUCCUUUAUUAUUAUCUACUCAAUAUGGGACAAAAGGCGUAUGUAUGUGUGUUUGUUUCUGUAUUUAGUGCACUUACUAUAUCAUGAAAUAGGCUUGAAAUAGGAGUGUUGUUUGGCGCUUUCUAGUUACCUGGACUGUGUGUGGUGUGACUUUUGUACCUGGGGAUUCAGCAGGCUCAAGUGUCUUCCCUUUGUCAGCAAUGUUAUUUCCACAACCAAUGUUAAUCCUUAUAAAUCCCCCUAGGCAGCCUGACAACUGUACCCUUUAUUGGACAACAGUGGUUCAUUUUAUAUGCUACCUACUUUAAAAGCAGGAAAUGGCAUCUGUCUUUGUUGUCAGUGCCAUUGUGACGAAACUGUUGAGUUUUAUGAAAUGAUGUUGUAGCUCAUAACUGGUUAUAGGUAACAGGUAAAAUGAUACUAAUAAUGUAUUAAAGAUUUCCAUAUUUGAAAUUAAUCUGUAUAGUACCUAAUGUACGAGGCACCAGGACCUCCUUUGAGUCUGAACUGUUACACUUUUUCUCCCAAACUUGUUGUAUUACCUGUGCAUUAGUAUCCCUCAACUAAUUAAUAAAGGUUUGUUGAUUAAACUUGCA